GCUCAUUUACUUCUGUUCACGUGACUGUGCAGCUGAGCCUGUCCAAAACACAGCCUUGACACAGCCCACCAUCAACACACACAGAGCGAUACCUUUCUCCCCUGCAAUCAAGUGGCCGUCUCUAUCAACUCCCUGCGUAUUGCACGUCCUCUUGAUCCUUUUGUUUACCUCUGUCCUUGCAUCUUAGAACCGUUGUUUUUGCCAUGCGGCUCCUCUACUUCGAUAGUUUCAGGAGACCCACCUCAGCAGAUUUCAGCCGGAAAACAAUUCCGCCAUAUGCCAUUCUUUCCCACACCUGGGGUGAUGACGAGUUCCUCUUCGAAGACCUAGUGAAUGGUACUGGUAAAAGCAAGGCUGGCUAUGAAAAGAUUAUGUUCUGUGGUGAACAAGCGACUCGCGACUCUUUGCAGUACUUCUGGGUCGACACAUGUUGCAUUGACAAAUGGAAAAUCACUGAGCUGUCACACGCGAUAAACUCCAUGUUCCGAUGGUAUAAGAAUGCGGCAAAAUGCUACGCUUUCCUCUCAGAUGUCUCAGCGCCUACACCAGAUGCACAGCUGCACCAGGAUACGUGGGAAGCCUCUUUUCGGAAGAGCAGAUGGUUUACUCGAGGCUGGACGCUUCAGGAACUCCUAGCUCCAGCAUCAAUCGACUUCUUUUCCUUAGAGGGUCAGCGUAUUGGGGACAGAGCCUCCCUUGAGCAGCAAAUUUGUGAGAUCACUCGUAUCCCGGUUACAGCUUUACGGGGUGAUGGUCUCGACCAGUUUAGCGUUCCGGAGAGAAUGUCAUGGAUGGCGGGCCGUCAGACAAAGGAAGAAGAAGACAUGGCGUACUCUCUGAUUGGACUUGUUGCUGUGUCUAUGGAGUUUAGAUACGGCGAAGGAAAGGAGAGAGCAUUUAACCGACUCCAGGAAGAAAUAGGAAAAGCGAACACCACACCGUUCCUCGUACCAUUUAAUCAAAACGCUCGGUUCAUUGGUCGCACAUUGCAGCUCGCCGAGCUGGAACGAAAGCUCUUCGUCGGAACAUCAGCCACCAAGGUCGCAAUCACAGGCCCAGGAGGGAUAGGUAAAACACAGCUAGCGCUGGCGUUAGCAUAUAGAAUCAGACAAGAGUGUAAGAACUGCUCAGUCUUCUGGAUAUCUGCAAGGGAUAAGGCAAGCAUCCAUCAAGGGUAUGCACAUAUUGCCCGACGACUUGCUAUUCCAGGCUGGGACGAUGAAAAGACGGACGUUAAGAAGCUAGUGCAACUAUACCUAAGCAAAGAGACUUCAGGACAGUGGCUCCUCGUUUUAGACGGCGUAGACGAGGCUACAAUAGGAUCCGCCAGAUUAUCUAAUGUAGUCGGCCUGAUGGAGUUCCUACCGAGCUCUAAGCAGGGGGCUAUAGUCUUCACGACAGCUGACAAGAAGACGGCUACAAAACUGGCACCGCAUGAUAUUGUAGAAUUGCCAGGAUUGGAAGAGGAUAUUGCUCAAAGAAUGCUAGAAAUGUGUUUAGUCGAGCCGGCGGAAGAGCAAGAGGAGGCAAGUCUCUUGAUCAAAGAGUUAGCAUACCUCCCUCUCGCUAUUGUGCAAGCAGCAGCCUAUAUCAAUGUCAAUAAGACAACGCUUCAAGGAUAUCUAUCGCUACUAGUUGAGAGAAAGAAGGAGUUAGCGGAAGAUCAUUAUCGGGAGUCUGGGGUUGUAAUAGCUGCGACCUGGCUUAUUUCGUUCGAGCAGAUUCGUCGGCAUGAUGACUUGGCUGCCGAUUAUCUACUUUUCAUGGCGUGUGUAGACCGAAACGAUAUUCCGCUCGCACUUCUUCCGACGGCUAGGCCACAUGAACACGGAAUACAUGCGGUGGCAACCCUUGAUUCCUACUCACUCGUCACCAAGCGAACGGCUGAAUCGGCGCUCGACCUUCAUCGACUAGUGCAUGUAUCAACACGCAUAUGGCUUCAAGAGCAUAAAAUGCUGAGUCAGUGGACUGAAGUAGUUAUUACACGUCUGCUUGAGGUAUUCCCAGACAGUAAACAUGGGAGCAGAAGCAAGUGGAGACGAUUACUACCGCAUGCUAAGUCUGCUCUGUCAUCUGACCUGACUGAACAAGACAACGAAGCUAGGACAAACCUGGCAUGGAAAUGUGCUAUGGCUUUGCUUACAGAUGGGCGGUGGAGGGAGGCCGAAGAGCUGUUUGUGCAAGUGAUGGAGAAGAGAAAGAGGGUGCUUGGCAACGAGCAUCCAUCAACGCUGACGACUAUGGGCAACUUGGCAACAGUGCUGGCCAACCAAGGCAAGUACGAGGCGGCGGAAGUGAUGAACAAACAGACGCUGUCGCUAUCUAAGACGGUACUCGGGCGUGAGCAUCCAGAGACGCUGAUGACCAUGAGCAACUUAGCAACAGUGCUAGACAGCCAGGGCAAGUACGAGGCGGCAGAAGCGAUGAACAGACAGACGCUCUCGCUCAAAGAGACGGUACUCGGGCAUGAGCAUCCAUCAACGCUGACGACUAUGAGCAACUUGGCAACAACACUAUCGCUGUCUAAGACGGUACUCGGGCAUGAGCAUCCAUCAACGCUGAUGACCAUGAGCAACUUGGCAUCAGUGCUGGGCCGCCAGGGCAAGUACGAGGCGGCGGAAGCAAUGAUCAGACAGACGCUGUCGCUGAAAGAGACGGUACUCGGGCGUGAGCAUCCAGACACGCUGAUGAGCGUGUACUGUCUCGCCCACCUCCUUGCGAAUCGGCACUACAUCCAUGAAUCUCUUGGUCUGUAUGAAAGAGCAUGCGCUGCUUACCCCACUGUCCUUGGGAACGAUCACCCGACUACCCGUGCAUGUCGCCAACAUUAUUCCGAAGCGCUUGCGUCGCAAAGGUGGGAAUGA